AUGGCGGUUAAAGAGAUCCAAGUUUUCAGGUUGGGCGUCGAAACGCAGUUCGAACGCCUAACAGCGAGGGAGAAACGAUAUGCCCACCACAUGGCUCGCGCUGCUUGGUUCGGCACCAAAAUCAUUCUGAGACAAGUUUCCCCAGAGUCAUUGGCGAUAUUCGAUUUUAUCCUCGAGCUCCAUCGUGCCUGCCGUGGAGAUUGGGAUACGCUCGCUAGUUUAGGCAUCAGCCGAGAUGAUAUCCGUCGUUUCCAGACUUACGCCGCGACUUUUCUGUCCAAUGUUGGCAACUACUUUGGCUCCGGAGAUCAGAAGUUUGUGCCCGACGUUGGCGAUGACGUCCUCAAGAAAUUUGCCGCUAUAUCUCCGACACUUUCCAAGCUCUACAACGAGCUAGCCUCGUCAAUCAACGCCGUACCCCCGUUCAGCCUUGGUUACCCAAGCGGUACCACGCAGAGCACCUACUAUCUCGGUGACGGGAUCACGGAGCAGGAUAUUGCCAUCGUGUCAAGGGUCCUUGAGCAAAACUCCAUCUUUCCCGAAAACACCAGGGUCCGGAAAAACGAAAAUGGCAUAGACUUUGACGUUCUCCUUGCUUCCGUUCAGAGCGGCGACGUGUCUCAGACCUUCCCCCUCCCCGAUGAAAAAGGGCAUAUUCGGCUAGUCCGUGGUGACCACUCGGCCGAGUUGGAGCGGGUAUGCACAGAACUUGCUGAAGCAAUCAAGUAUGCCGCAAACAGCGAGCAGAAAGACUUUAUUCACGCCUACAUCGAGAGCUUCCGCACCGGCAGCUUGGAUACAUACCGUGAAUCUCAGCGGAUCUGGGUUCGAGAUAGGGCCCCGAGAGUGGAGAACAUAUUUGGUUUUGUCGAGCCAUACCGCGAUCCUCACGGGAUACGGUCCGAGUUCGAGGCUCUGGUAGCCAUCGCUGAUGUCGAUGAGACGCGAAUCCUAGCCAAGCUGGUCGAAAACUCGACCAACUUCAUCCGGCGUUUGCCAUGGGCAGCGCCGGAAAACGACGGGAAAGGGCCGUUUGAGAAGAAUCUAUUUGAGCCUCCGGACUUUUCAAGCAUCCAUGCGCUUGCCUACUGUUCUAGUAUCAUUUUCCCCGGAAUCAAUUUGCCAAACUACAAUGAUAUUCGGCAAGAACAUGGCUUCAAGAACGUGAUCAUCUCCAAUCGAAUGGCUGUUGAGAGCCAAGCGAAACAGUACCCUUUCAUCGAUUCCUCUGAGGCAGAGACAUUCAUGAAACACAAAUUCCCAGCAUAUUACUGGUGGGUUGUGCUUCAUGAGCUCCUCGGCCAUGGCACGGGGCAAAUGAUGGUCGAAAUCGAGGAGGGAAAGUACAACUUCGACAUUGAAAACCCGCCCAUAAAUCCAAUCACCGGGAAGCCUAUCACAUGCUGGUAUAAACCGGGUCAGACGUGGACCGGUCAGUUCGCUGAUUUGGCGACCACGGUUGAUGAAUGCAGAGCGGAACUUGUCGGGGCCUAUCUCAUGGAUGAUACCGAGCUUCUGGAGCUGUUCGGGUUUACUGACAGCUCAUAUAUUCGGGCAGAGGACCUCACCUACAAUGUCUAUCAACAGCUAGGCGUCGAUGGCUUACGGGGGCUUGCGAAUUUCAAUGUAGACAGCGGGAGAUGGGGGCAGGCUCACAGCCGAGCCCACUUUGCCAUACUCAAAUGUCUGCUUCUCUAUGGUGGAGGUGUGGUGACGGUGUCGCACGACAAACCAACGCAGAGCCUCAAAGUACGCGUUGACCGAUUCAAGAUUGUCACGCACGGAAAGCCCGCGCUCGGUAACAUGCUCCUUCGGCUCCAUAUGUAUCGGUGCACAGCGGAUGUCGAAGGCUGCCGUGCCUACUACGAGGAACUCUCCGAGGUCAACGGCGAAUACCUGGAGUGGCGACAAGCAGUGCUAGCUAACAAGCCUCCGCCGCUUGUCUUUGUGCAGGCCAAUACAUUUCUCGACGGAGACACGGUUGUGCUCAAGGAAUACGAGCCAACAAUCAAAGGCGUAAUUGAGAGCUGGGCAGAGCGUGAGGUGUGA